AUGAAUAUUAAUCUAUAUGAUAAGGAAACGAAAAGUGGUUCUCAUUGUAAAACUACGAUAUCAUCCUAUCCCAGAGGCCGAUGGACUGGAAUGCGGACUUGGGAAGUAACUACAGAACAAACAACUACACCAGCCAGUUCAAUACUAGGAGAAUCAGAAACUAAUGUGGAGACGUUUUGGCAAUGUUGUUUGGAUAAAGUUAAACGACGGCCACUUCGUCUGAAAGAUUUAGACGUUACUGAUCUUGAAGCCGAAGAACAAGAGGGUGGUAAAGAAUCACGUAGAUUGCUAGGUCCUGGACCGCCACCACCACCAUCACCACCUGGAGGGUCUGAUGGCCUACCUCCACCUCCAACUGCUUCAGCUGAAUCUAUGGAUGAUGUGAAAGGCAAAGCUAUCGUUGUACCUGAUAGUCCAAUUGCUGGAUCAUUAAAGAAUAAAAUAGAAGCACUUAGUCGUGCAUCACAAAAACAAUCUGAACAUUCUACACCGAUUAGUCCACCAUCAGUUACAUUAUCUAAUACAACUGGAACAGUGCAUUUAUUGAAAGAAAAACAUUCAUCAUUUGAAAAUGCUGAGGAACCGGUAAAACCUCAGCUACCACGUGAACGUACUGGUAAAAUUUUGUCGGUCAAAGAUCGUUUUGAAUCAGGGAUAUCAACAGUUCUGUUCCGAAAUGCUCUGUUCACGAUAGAAUGA